GAGAGACCGCCGAACGGUGUGGAUGUGCGUCGUCUUCCGUCGCCGGGUUCCGUCGUUUUUUCCUCUGUCAGUGCGUCGAUCGCGCGCGCUCCUUUCGUGGGGUGAAAAUAACAAUACAAGCACGCACACACUUGCAAAACACGUUUCGUGGUGUGAAGACACGUGUGGGGAAUAAAAACAUAACCAUACACACAAACACUCACGUGUGCGUGUGUGUGGAUAAUUUGCUUGCAUUAUUUGAGCUCUCAGUCUGGCUCGGGGUUUUUUUUUCUGAAUUGAAGAGUGAGAACAAGGGAGGAGAGAGAGUUAAAGGUGAAAGUGUGAGUGAGAGAGGUGAUAAGAAGGAAUAACAUCACUUUUUGAAUGUUUUUUGGGGUGAGAAAGGUUUGUGGGAGCUGAUAGGGGGUUUAUCUAUCAGAAGCUAAGCGGUGAAGGUGGUUUUCCGAGUGGAGAAGAAGAAGAAGAAGGAGGAAUGGAAAUUUGAGAAUAAAACGAAGAAGCAGCGACAGAUUUGGGAGCUUGUCGUGGAAGUGAGAGUGAGAGAGUGAGUCUCCUCUUCGGAAGCUGGGGCCGGUUGGCGAAGAAGGUCGUUUUGCCGAAAAAGAAAUGAAUGGGCCUCGCAUGUAUUAAAGGGGCAGGAGAACCGAUUUUCGACUUGGCUUAGUUUGCUGGGCUGAGCUGGGUGGAGAGAGAGAGUGUUCAAUUAUUGUGAAUAUUGCACACACUUCAAUACUCGCAUAUGCUGCCGCUAAGCGCGAUAUGGAAAUGAGCUGGUGUGCGUUGCCGAUUCAUAGAAAAAUAAGUUUUCAUUGAGAGAGAGUGUGAAAAAAGAGCAAUCGAGGAGUGUGCGAGUUGUGUAUUUUGAUACAGUAAUUAAUUGGAGUGUGAAGAAGAAAAAUAAGGCAUGCAUUUUGCUUAUUUUUUGCUGUCAACCAAAUCCAAGCAGGCACCGUUUUAGUGUGAGUGGCAUUUCACCGUGUGACAGAUUGCGUGUUUUGCAUUCUAAAAUAAAUAAAAUUAAUUUUACUUUAAUUUAAAAAAAAGAAGAAAAAUAAUAUAAAGUUGCAAAGUGAAGUUAAAACCCAAAAAAAAUCAUAAAAAAGUAGUGAAACGAAGAAGAUAAAGCAGUCAAAUCGAACGAGAGAAGAUAGCGGGCCGAAGAAGGAGCAGGAAAAAAGAGGAAGCAACAGGAAGAGAGAGAGGGGACGCCCUUUAGCCCGUCUUCCGCCUCUCACCGCCGCCACCUUCCUUUCGUGUCGUCGUCGUCACUACUUUCGCCGUCGUUGCUUUUGUUGCGGCGUUUUAUUUUCGUGCAUUAUUUUUCGUCGCCGUGUGUCGAGGGCGAGUGCAUUUUCAUUGUUGUUGUCGUGUCGCGUCAAACCGCGACGACAAAAAGGAUUAAAACCGUCGCACUCGUUAAAAUAAACGCGCGAUUAUGGAUAUCAAGGUCGUCGGCGUGGCAUGCGGUUACAAGGGCCCGUACACGUUCUACAAGGGUGUCAAAAUCACCUUCGCCGCCGGAUCGGAGUCAACCUCAUCCGCGUCGUCCUCGUCGGCGUCCACUCCAGCACCCCAAUCAGCAGCGGCACCACCACCUUCCACAACCGGCACUGGAACCUGCUCCACGAACUCUUCAUCCACCUCCACCUCACCGGUUCCGCUGACGAGGCCUGGCACGCCACCGUCCACCACUGCCGGAACAACUGCCGUGCAAUCCCAAAAUGACGAACCAGCGUCGGGUGAAGAUCCUAGCAUUAGCAACAGUAGCAGCAGUUGUAGUUCCAGCAACAAUAACAACAACAACACUAGCAGUAGUAGUAAGGGGCAAAACGCAAAGCCAAAACAGACGCAACGAAAAUGUGUCAGUGAAAAUAACAGCACUGCCAGCAGCGGGACGGCCGUGGCCACGACCGGGACCGGGGUGACCGGUGAGAGUGGUGGUGGUGUGAAUAAUUUAUGUAAUGCCACAACAGCUACGGCGGAAAAAGACUGCCUCCGGCCGCUGGUGCUGGCGCUGGGCGACUGCUUCCCGGUGCGGCCCUGGUCCGAUUCACCGAUUGCGUGCCUCGCCGAGCUGCGGAUGGUGUGGAAGGACCGCAACGAGCAGUGCCUGCUGAUCGCCCUCCGGCUCUUCUUCCUGCCCGAGAACACCCCGGCCGGCCGGAACUGCCACGGCGAGGACGAAGUGCUCGCCAUCUCGGACAAGGUGAUUGUGCGGGCGGACGACAUGCUCGGGUGGAUCGCGGCGGACCUCGAGUGGAACUGGGGCCUGCGGACGACGUACGACGAGGAGAGCGCACGGGACGUGAUGACGACGACGCGCCACCUCAGCAAGCACUCCUCGCUGGACUUUGCCGACGUGGACAAGGAGAAGCAUGCCGCGGAAAACGUGGCGUCCAAAGUGGCGGUGCUGAGCUUUUCCCGUUACUGCCGGUACCGGGCCGUCCAGAAACGGCUCGAGGUGGUCCACGAUGACUGGCUGCGGAACAAACUGGUGGAGACGCUCAGCGGCUUUGUGGCCACCACGCCCAACACCCGCGUCAUGUUCUGCAAGGACACCUUCGACUGUCCGGAGCUGGAAACGCACGAGCUGCUGUGCAACCACCUGGCGCCGAAGCUCAAGGGCCGACCCCGGGGCAAGCGGAAGAAGACACUGUCCGAUUCGUCGUCGUCGCAGUUUGUCAAAAAGGAGGGCGCCAACUCGGAGGAGAGCGAGUCGAACGAUUCGGACGCGUCCGACUACUCGUACAGCAAGGUCUCCCCAUCGAAAAAAGUCAACCUGCAAACUACUCCCCGCUACAACCCCCGCCCAGCUCGGGCAUCCGGAGGAUCGGCGGGUAAGGGGCGAUCGAUCCGAUUGCGAUCCCCUGGACCCACUGCCACCACCCCGGUCAAGCAGAAGCAUGCAAAGGGCAAGCAGACGCCGCCCCAACCCACGGCUGGUUCCGCCGGAAAGGUGCGCGGUCGCAAGGGACGACCGGGCCGCAAGCCGAAGGGCUUCAACCGGAAGGCGGACGAAAGCGAAGCAGGCGAGGAAACCGAGGACACCGAGCUGGGCACUUCCGUCGGUGACGAGGGGGACGUGGAGAAGAUGGAGGGCGAGUACGCGUUUGACGAGGAGGACGAGCAGCGUGACGCGGAACGGCCGAGCAGUCUGUUCCAGGUUAGCGACGGGAUGGCGCCGGAUCAGCGGGACUUUUUGCAGCGGUUGCAGGAGUUUUUGGACCCGAAAGCGCUGGCGUAUGCGAAUAAUCAGGUGGCUUCGUUGAGGGGAGUCAACCUUUACCUCAUCUACACGCGCGUGUUGAACGCCGGUGGCUACGCAGAACUCACCACCCGUGAUCAGUGGACGACGCUGCUGGAGGGCACCGGUGGCGAGAAUGGCACCAUGACCAAGCGUCGGUACGAGCGAAUUCUGCUACCGUACGAACGGCACCAGCGAGCGAUCGCCGAAGCUGUGAAGAAGGAGAUCGAGGAGGAGGAACGUGAGGGUGAGACCGGCCACGAGAGUCAGAUAUCGCCAACGGAUGGUGGGGUGAUUGAGGUUAAGGUGGAGAAGGUGGAAAAGCGGGAGGAGCAGGAAGAUGUUAAGGUGAAGAUCGAGUGCAAGGAAGAUGAAGUGGUGGCGUCGGUUGAGGUCAAGAAGGAGUUUGAGAAGGACGCAGGUGGGGCGUUGGAUUUGUCAAAGGACGAUUCCGUGGAAGUACAAAGUAAGGGAAAGGCGAUAUCUCCGCUGUUGGAGAAUAACAGCAGUAAUGGUAGCGUUGGAGUGACCGGGAGUCCGAACGCCUCGGUGCACUUGGGAAUGUCGCCGGUUUCGGUGCCGUUGACGGUGAUUGUUCGGCCGAACAUUGACGAGAAGGACCCGUCGUCGUCGUCGCAGAUCCAGAUCAAUCAGCCGCACACGACGAUUACGGUGCACCAGACGACGAUCCACCCGCAGGGCAAUCAGCAGGCGAACAGUCAGCAGAUCAGCGGACAAAGUCCGCAGCACAUUACGAAUCAGAUUCAGAUCACGAACCAGAUCCAGAUCCAGCAGAUUACGGUGCAGUCGAGCGACAAGGGAGCGAACGGAGGGGAGAGUCCGCAGUUCAAGUACAGCUUCAAGCAGGACAAGUCCGGGCAGGAGAUCAACAUCGAGUCACCGUCGGCGUCGGAGAACUCGAAGGGAUCGUCGGUCAACUUUGAGAACAACAUCAGCGCGACGCUGUUCCCGCUGAGUCGACCUGCCGAUCCGGAUUUGACCAUCAAGGAGGUUUCCGUUUGCCCAACGAGUGGAACCGUUUCAAUCAGCACGGCCAGUACGAAUCCACCGGCGCCGGUGGCUUCCAAGACGUCUUCGUUGCGACACGUUCGCAUGAAGGCCGAUCGCAAGUCGUCCUCGACGACGGGAAGUGUGCCAAACAUCGCGGCAGCGGCUGCAGCCACCUCCAGUUCCAACAAACCUUUCGAAAAGGAGAACAUUCCGAUGAUGGCGGGCAGCGCCGCUGCCGCCAGUCUGUUUGGCGAUCAGAACCUCACCACGAUCACGCCGAUUGCUUCGAGUUUGCUGAACAGUGCGGUCGGCGCUGCGGCGCUGGCAAGUCUUGCCUCCAAUUACGCUGGACUGACCGGAUCCGUCGGCGAGGGCAACACGCCUAAGGUUCUUCCCGCACCAACCGAGGUGAUCGACCUGGUGGAUAGUGACAACGAUGACGAAGAGGACGCUGCGGUGGCGACCGCCGCGGCCAAACAGGCCGGCCUGUCGAUCCGACCGAUUCCUUCGCUGCUGCCGCCGAUGAAGAAACGCAAGCUGGAUAUUCUACGUGAAGGUGGUCUGGAGGUGACUCCGAUCUCCAACGGGGCGAGCAUCUUCUCCGCCAUUACGCAACACAGCCCGAAGGCGAGCCCGAACCCUAUGCGGAUCAACAUCACGGCGGAGGUUAGUCCGCAGCGUAAGAGUGGCGGAGGUGGAGGUGGUGCCGAUCGCAAGUACAUUCCCACCCCGCUGGACUGCCAGACGCAGGAAUGUACGCCAAGACGGGACAGAUCUUUGGCGAUCCGAAGGCAAUGGGCCUUCCAAGCAACAUCAUGCCGGUGAAGCCUGCGGCGGCUGCGCCGCCCACCGACUUGCUUGACCUGACUGGAUGUCGAAGUGGCAACAUGAUCCCAAUGGGACUGGACUUUACGCCGUCGAACUCGAGGCAGCGGGCUCAGCCCGCGAGUCGCGUGCCUCGGACGGCAC